AAAGAAGACGAUUCCAGCGCAUGCCCACUGUGCCACAUGUGGAGUAGUGCUUGUCUGGCCAGAGAGCAAAGAUUAUUACCAGUCAGUGAUCGGUUCUGAUCGGGUCGGUUCUGGUCGGGUCAGGAAGAAUGGCAGCAGGACCGGAAGGAAAACUGCAGCUGGUCCAGAGACACGUUCGAGCUUUUCCAGACUUCCCAAAGAAAGGGAUCCUGUUCAGAGACAUUUGUCCCAUCCUGAAGAGUCCAGCUGCCCUCACAGCGGUCACUGACCUGUUUGAAGAACAUGUGAGGAGCCGUCAGCUGCAGGUGGACCUGAUCGUCGGUUUGGAUGCUCGUGGGUUCCUGUUUGGGCCCCUGCUUGCCCAGAGACUGGGCGUUGGCUUCGUUCUGGUUAGGAAGAAAGGCAAGCUGCCCGGAGCCACGGUCAGCGUGGCCUAUGACCUGGAGUAUGGCACGGCAGAGGUAGAGAUCCAGGAGGAUGCAGUGGCUCCAGGCCAGAAAGUUCUGAUUAUUGAUGACCUUUUAGCUACAGGAGGGACGCUGCUUGCAGCCUGUGAGCUAAUGAAGAAGCAGCAAGCGGACAUCCAGGGCUGCAUGGUGGUUAUCGAACUCAGAGACCUGAAGGGAGCUGAUCGUCUGAAGCCUCACAUCUUCUCCCUUCUCCAGUACUGAGGAGCGGCACAGCGCCCCCUCUGGGUGGAACUCAUCAUCCAAAAAAACUAUAUUCCAAUUGAAUUGUAUCGGGACCAAAGCUCCCUCCUGCUAUGUGCAGCUGAGAUUUUCUUCUGUUCAGAUGCUGAAUCAUCUUCUCUGCCUCUGCCUAGAGGUCCUAGAUGGUUUGCAUCAAGUCCUAGAUGUAAACCAAACCAUUUCUUCAUCUAUAAGACAUCUAAAAGCCGGUGAAGAUCUAAAGCCAGUGUAUCAAACUCAUUUUCUUUUUGGGCUCCCAUCAAGAUCUUGAAUGUCCUCAAAGUGACGAUUGUGGCAGAAUGUAUAGAUAAAACUACCUUUUAUCUAUACUGAGUUUUAAAAUAUAACUUUCUCUGAAUUCAGUUUGUAAUUCUUAAUAAAUAUUUUUGUUUUAUUAAAUAUCUUUUCACAUUUAUAUCACCUGGCCAUAUAUGCAAAUAAAAAAACAGUUUUGAUUUGACUGAAGAUGUAAGCACAUAACUGUUAUCUUGAACCUGUAUUUAUGUGACCUUCUAAGGUCUAAAGGGCCACAGAUAUGGCUAUGGUGGGCUGGUUUUGGCCCGAAGGCCUUGAGUUUUACAUCUGUGAUCUAAGAUUUGACCCCCCCCGGUCUGUUCUCCAUGUAAUGUUACUGUGUUGAUUCAGCCCAAAAUAAUUCCACAGUUUUAAAUGAAUCUGUAUUUGGGAGAUAUUUCCCAUAUCAGACUCCAAGCAAACUUUUUUUUAUCUUGCAAGAACCAAUUUUGGCCUAAAAUAUUGAUUUGAUAUACGCGUUUCUAAACACCGAGCUGAACAAUGUGACCAAUUUCUGAUCUGCAGUUUUUGUUGAGCGUUGACCUGCUGAUCCAGAUUUGUCUUUAGGAAUUCUUAUAUAAGAAAUGUAUUUAAUAUAUUUUUAGUCUAAGGAUCUCCCUGAGAGAUGAACAAUACACAGGCUCACUCUGUGCCAUGCUGACAUACAUCUGUCCUUUAAAGGUAGCGUUAAGUCUUAUUUUGCUAUAAUAGGAAACAAUCUUUUGUGCUCGUGCAGAAUCACGAGGAAUCCCGGACAAGCCCCCAACAAACUGUUGAUAUUAACAUAAUUUGGUUCAUUUCUUUUCUUACUGCUUAGAUCUGGCAGAGGAUUGAAAUGGAUCCUUCAGGAUGUUAAAGAUGUUUACUUGACACCCAUCAUCCGAAUCUUUGACCUUUUACAUAUUUCUAAUUGUUUAAAUUUCAGAACACUCAUAACUAUCUAUACAACUAAGCUAAUCUGAAACGUAUUUCUGUUAUACAUUAUUUUCAGUCACAUAUAUUUAUAUGUGCAACAGGUUAAAAUGUAAGCUCUGUGAAGAACAUGUGAUGUUAUAAAAUGUGUUAUUUUAUGAA